AUGAAGCAAUCUCAUCUGGUUGCGGCUCUAGCCGUUGUAUUCAGUUCGGCCUUAAACGGAGCCUACGCUUUACCACAGCGAGGUCAAGAUGUGCGCGCCUUCAACAACAAUAAUAACGCUAAAAACAACUCAAGUGCAACUGACACUUCUGCUAAGGGUCAACUUCAGCAGUUGCCAAAUGUAGGCAACUCUGCUAAUGCCGGGAAUGCUGGGAAUAAUGAAAAUGCUGGUGCGGCCAAAGGUGCCAACGCAAAGGCCCAGAACCAGGCACAGGCACAAGCGGGGUCUGCAGGUGCUGCAGCUGGCGGACUUGUAGCACUUCCCGGUGCGCAAGUGACCGCUGGCCAGCUGGUCGCGCUCCCAGAUGCAUCCAGCACUUCUGCUUCUGCUUCUGCCUCUUCUUCCGCUUCCGCUUCCGUGGUUAACGUUGCCAGCACAAGCAGUGCGGCAUUGAAGUCUUUGGCAUCUCAAAGCAGCUCCAUCGCUUCUAUCGCGGUCGGAACAACUGCCGCGGCCGUAGCCCAGACAUCGAAGGCCAUCGCCCUUUCCUCAUCAGCCGCCGAAAGCAUCCAGAGCUUCCAACAGAUCGCCCCUGUCGCAACGAGCGUCGCUGCUUCCUCCGUGGCAGCUAAUAUCGGUGUGCUUGCCAACGUGAGUAGCGUGGCUGUAGCUGCCACUACUAGCGCGGCUUCGAUUCAGGGCUUCCAGACCAUCGCUACUGGAGCGGCCGCAGCUGCCUCUCCGGUCGCACUGAACGCUUCCUCGGCAGCUGCAGUCGAGGCCCUGACUCCGAUCGCCGCGGCUACCUCGAGCUUCGCCGGUUUCUCCAACAACAGCGUCGCGGCAGUUGCUGGAGCUACGGGCGCGGUUGCGGCUGUUGGCUCCGGAUCUGCCAGUCUCGUUGCGCUACCCACCGCCGCUGCUGCCUCCGAGGCUUCCGGCUCCCUCCAAGCUUUGCCCAGCGCAGGAAACUCCGAAGCCACGGGCGCUCUACAGGCCCUUCCUAGCGAGGCUACGGCUUCGGAGUCCUUGCGGGAACUCCCCACUGCGGGCUCCGCAGCGCAAGCUGGUGGCGCCCAGGCGAGCGAGUCGCUGCAGUCGCUACCUACCGCGGCUUCCAGCAGCAGUAAUGAGGGCAGCUCCAACGCCAACUCGAACUCGAACUCGAACUCUGGAUCGGAGUCUGCUGCCAGUGUCAGUGCCAGCGUCGUCUCCGGCGCCACCACAGCCGUCCUAGCCCUCCCCGCAGAAACUUCGGGGACCCUGCAACAGCUCCCCGGCGUGCAGGAGACGACGGGCUCGCUGUCGUCGCUGGCGUCCGGUGUCGCGAGUCCCACGGGUAGCGCUAGCAGCGCUGUUACGGGCUCCGCGAAUAGCACUACGCCUCUCGUCGCUGUGAGCGCUGCUGCGGCGCGCGAUGUGCGUGCGCUCGUGGGCCCGGCUUUGGUGGCGGGGUUGGUGGGGUUGUGGGUUUUGUGA